AUGGCUCUCUCCGUUCUUUCCGUUUCUCUUCUCCUUGCUAGUCUUGUCUCGGGCCAGGCGCCUGGCAAUUCUACAGACAACCACCCCAAGAUCGAUACCUUCAGGUGCACAGUCAAGAACGGGUGCCAGAAGAAGACGAACUACAUCGUCGUCGACUCGAGCCAGCAUGCCAUCAAGACGUCCAGCGGCGUGAGCUGCUUUACCGGCAACAGCCCGCCCAACUCUACGGCGUGUACCACCCCCGAAGAAUGUGCAAAGAAUUGCCACAUUGAGGGAAUCUCUGACUACAGCGCCAACGGCGUGACCACGAGCGGCGCUGACCUCCGUUUGACCAUGUUCAACGACAACGGCGCCGAGGUUACACCGCGCGUUUACCUCCUGGAGGAGAACAAGCAGCGAUACGAGAUGAUCCAUCUGACCGGCUCCGAGUUCACCUUCGACGUUGACAUGGUCAAGCUGCCCUGCGGCAUGAACAGCGCACUCUACCUGUCUGAGAUGCUGCCUGAUGGCGGCAGGAACACCAGCACUCUCAACAAGCUUGGCCCGGCCUGGGGCAGCGGCUACUGCGAUGCUCAGUGCUUCAAGACCUCGUUCAUCAACGGAGUCGCCAACUUUGAAGAGAAAGGCUCUUGCUGCAACGAACUCGACAUUUGGGAGGCCAAUUCCCGGGCGACGCACAUCGCGCCCCACCCUUGCAGCCAGCCGGGGCUCUACAAGUGCACCGGCGAGGAGUGCGAGAAGGCCGGCGUCUGCGACAAGUCCGGCUGCGCGUGGAACCCGAACCGCGUGAACGCCACCGACUACUACGGCCGUGGCGCCGACUUCGAGGUCGACACGACCCGCAAGUUCACCGUCGUCACCCAGUUCCCCUCCCAGAACGGCAAGCUGAAGGAGCUCCGCCGCAUGUACAUCCAGGACGGCAAGGUCAUCCAGAACAACGUCGUCAACAUCGAGGGCCCGCCGAAGAUCAACUUCAUGAACGACGAGUACUGCCAGGCCACCGGCGCCUCGGACUUCGCGCGCCUCGGUGGUAUGGAGGGCAUGGGGGAUGCCAUGACCCGCGGCAUGGUCUUGGCCAUGAGCUUGUGGUGGGAUAAGUCUACCUUCAUGGAGUGGCUUGACCAGGGCAACAACGGGCCUUGCAACGCAACUGAGGGCAACCCGUCGGUGGUCACUCAGAUCCAGUCGAACCCUGAAGUUACGUUUAGCAACAUUCGCUUUGGGGAGCUAAACUCGACCUUGAGCCUGAAGCUUUAG